GCGGAAGAGUGGAGAGAUCCCAAGCCCACUUCGCACAACAAGAUGGCCUUUCCCAGAAUACCCCUAUAAAACGGCACCCCCUGCCUCCAAUUUGCGCACACAAGUAAUCUCUUGUACGUCUUCUGAAACCCACCCGGAGAAGAGUAAAAUCGCAGCUCCCUGCAUCUUCUCCAAUGGCGAGACCCACUCAAGAAGCAAUCGACACCUUUAUGAGCAUCACCGGCGCGUCCGAAGCCGUUGCCGUACAAAAGCUCGAGGAGCAUGGUGAGGAUCUCAAUGAAGCUGUGAAUGCACAUUUCAGUGAGGGCGACAGAAACAUCAUGCAUGAAACAUCUAUUGCUGCUCAAAACGAUUUCAUGGAUGUAGAUGAUCCUAGUCAGCUUGAGUCUGGGGGGGCUCCUUUUCCACUUCUUUCUGCUGCUAGAAAUUUGAAUCCUUUCUCAAUCCUUGAUCCAAACCUUAGUAGGAGCUUGUUAGGCCAUAGUUCUGAGCUUUCAAGUGCUGCUCCAAUUGUUUCACAUCCCAGAGAAGUGAGGGAGAUCCCCAUAGAGGUCAAGGAUGGGACCGAGCCAUCUCGCCAUUCUGGCCGCAUUCCUACUAUUGAGGAUGUUACUGGAACUGCAGAUAUACAUGGCCCAGAAAUACAUGGAACUGUCAUAAUUGAUGAUGAAAAUGAUGAAAAUAUUCCAACUACUCCAACUGGACAUAGUGCAGGGUGGAAUGAACGGAAAAAUGGUGGUUUGGGCAACAGCUCCCAUGAUGGACAUGGUAGACCUAGUGCUCCUGAAUUUGAUAAAUUUUCAGACUUUGGAAAUGAUAUAGAAGAAGAAAUGAUUCGAGCUGCUAUUGAAGCUUCAAGACAGGAGGUUGAGGAGGAGGGUUUCCCUGCUCAAAAAAUUGGCACUCACACUGACUCAAAUGCUCCUGGUCCUCAUCAAAGGCGGUCUCCCUUAGAGGAUGCUGAACUUGCACAAGCCGUUUCACUUUCAUUGAAGACAGCAGAGCAAGAGAAGGCAUUACGUGAGCAGGGCAUAAAAGUUGAAGCAUCAAAAGUGGGAGCUUAUGAGCCAUCCGAGGUGGAAGAUCUGGGAAAAUCUGCAGCAUUAAAUGGAAGGGUAGAGGCAGGAAGCUCAUUCAUUCAAGAUGAAACUGAAGAUGUUGAGGAGCCACUGGUUAGGCACAGGUCAAGGCAUAUGUCUUCUGGUUCUAUGGAGCCUACUGAAGAUGUUGGGGAAGUUGGGGAAAUUGGGGUUAGUCCACCGUCAAGCCCUGGGCAGAAUGGUAGUCAUUCACAGCAUAAUGGAAAUUCUUUCCCUUCUGAUGAGUGGGGAGGAAUAUCUUCCUUGGAGCAUGAUGAAGCAGUCAUGCUUGAGGCUGCCAUGUUUGGUGGAAUUCCUGAAGGGAGUAGUUAUCGUUUUCCAUAUGCUCCUCAUCAGCUAAUGCAGACUGGUUUAAGUAGCACUGUGGGUCCUUACACCCAGCGGAUGCCUCGUCCUCCAUCACCCUCUUUGGAAGCCCAGCGCUUGAUACGGGAACAGCAGGAUGAUGAGUAUCUUGCAUCUCUGCAAGCGGACCAAGAAAAAGAAUUGAAGGCCAUGGAAGAAGCGAAGGCUCGUCGCUUAAUGGAAUUAGCAGCUAGAGAAGCUGCUCUUGAAGAAGAAAGGCGAAAGGAAGAAGAGUCUCGCAAGAAAUUGGAGGAGGAGGAGGAAUUUGAGAGAGAACUAGUAGCUAAAGAGGCUUCUCUUCCUGAAGAGCCAGCAUUGGAUGAUGAAAAUUCUGUAACUCUUCUUGUACGGAUGCCUAAUGGCAGCCGUCGUGGUCGCCGAUUUUUAAAGUCUGAUAAACUGCAGUCCCUUUUUGACUUCAUUGAUGUUGGUAAAGGAGUCAAGCCUGGCACUUACAGACUGGUGAGGCCAUAUCCUCGACGAGCUUUCAGCGAUGCGGAGUGUGCUUCCUCUCUCAAUGAACUUGGCCUGACCAGCAAACAGGAAGCUUUGUUCUUGGAGUUGAUUUAGGGUGGGAGAAAACCCCAAAAUUGUAGAAAUGCGCUGGGAAAAUAUAUAUAUACAUAAAUAUAUUUUAGUUCAUUUAUAAUGAAAUUAUGAAUGUUACUGCUACAAGUCUGGGGCGUCAUUACCUUUCAUUACCUGUUGGGAAAUAUAGAAAAGAUACUUGCCGUGGUCUCGCGUAUAUGUAUAGAAAGAGUUGCUCAGUACUUUUUAGGGAUUAAUGAUUAAUUGUGGUUGAUAAGAAGUAGAAAAUAAAAUUUAUUGAUCCGGACUGAUAAUUGGUGCAAA